AUGAACUUCGACUCGGGCACCGCCUACGCCGAGUCGGAUGCCGACGACGAGUACGAACGCAGCGUCGCCGCGAGCUCUCCCGUCAUGGCUACCGACAGCGAGGCCUCUCCUAUCGAAUCGGAGCUCCCCUCCUCCAACGAACAUACCCCUACCACAUACGGCCACCGCAAUAGCGCCGACCGACUACCCGAAACCAUCAUCUCAGAAUGGACCGCCGAGGAGUGUGCCGAUUUCAUCAAUACCAUAGGUUUGCAGCAAUAUGCCGACCGCUUUAUAGAAAACGAGAUUGUAGGAGAGGCUCUCGUGGCGCUCCUGCAUGACGAUCUCAAGUCCAUGGGCAUCACCAGUGUCGGCCACCGCUUGACCAUCCUAAAAAGUGUCCACGACGUGAAGAAGGCUCAGGAUGUGCCCGUAGAAAGCGAUCACUACGUCCCCCUUACCGCCGACGCUGAGGCGCAGUACGCCACCGCCACUCUCAAGGAUAUUAAGCAUCUCGUCGAGCAAUUACGACUUCGAGACGAACGGGCAAACCUAAUCGAGCAGGAUCUCCGCCGACUCAGCGAGGAUUUCCGAAGACUUCGCGAGGAUAUGUUGCCUGCUCUGCGCCUGGCCAAGGACACAUCCCAGCCGCUGCCCAAUGUCAGCAACUCUUCGAAUCCCAGCUACGGCUACGAAGCGACCCUGUCACCGCCCGUGCCGAUACCUCCCCCGACGCAAUCCGCAGGAAUUAUGCGAUCUCAUUCGACCAAGAAAAUCAUGCUCGGCUCGAUGCCCAAGAACCCGACGCCGUCGCCGUCGCAUCUACAGACCGCCCACGAGAGGCCAACGGCCGAGCAGACCUUGGAUCCUUCCGGUGCGGCCGAGAGGGCCGUGCUCUCCUCCUCGCAUCUAGCUGCCAUGAACGGCCCCGGCCAGAGUGCUUCGUCUCCCGUGUACCAUCACUCCCCCGGCAUCCCGUCACCCACCUCGCCACCCAUCAUGAGCAGUGGCGGUACCACCCUCGGUUCGCGGUCCUACCGGGCGGAGGUCCCUACACCGUCGAACCGGACGACCUUUAAUGAGAGCGAUUACGGCCACAAGAGCCGCGACCAACCCGCAUCCGUACCAAGACGCGGGCCCACGCCUGCGCCCGACACGCCCAGUAGCAACGCAUCCGUCGAGAUCUUCAAGUCGUUUCGCGUCAGCAUGGACGAUCCCUGCUACAAGGUGCUGCCCGCCGCUCUGAAGAAGUAUCAGAUCAAUGCACCCUGGGAACAGUACGCCCUCUACAUUGUAUACGGCGAUCAAGAACGCUGCCUGGCGCUCGACGAGAAACCGUUAAUCCUAUUCAAGCAGCUCGACAAGGAAGGGAAGAAGCCCAUGUUCAUGCUGCGCAAGACCAACAGCGCACAGGUGGACCUGUCCGGUGACCAACCGGGGAGUGCCGGCCUCGGAACGGCGUCGGCACGCGGCGCAGCCACAGGUUACGACCCGCCUGGCGGUAUCAUUUAG